CCCCCUUCUCUUUUUCUCUCUCUCUUACAUACACACACGCACCCUCUCUCCAUACCUCCUCUUUAGCUCUAAAAACAUUCAUCAACUGACUAGCAAGUUGUUUUCAAGCAAUUGACUGCAAACACGGCACGUCGAGCGGGUUAUCACCAAACCCCACUCUUCCCCUUUCCCCGUCGGCACUUGCACCUUUCAAUCCAUCGACCGUCUUUGACCGUGACAAAAGUCACCUUGAGAAAUGGCACCAACAAAGACCGCAGCUAAGGCGCGUGGCCGCGCCAGAAGGAGUGAAGGUGGCGCCGAGUCGCCCCCCGCAGCAGCCGCUGCCGACGAGACCCCCAAGCGUCGCGGUCGCCCCAAGGCGUCCGAGUCUGGAGUCUCCAGUGCAAAGGUCAAGAAGCCCUCGACCUACGUGCCCACCGGACGGCCCCGCGGUCGCCCCCCUGGACCAGGCAAGCCGAAGGCUCCCUACGUCCCUACUGGACGUCCCCGCGGCAGACCCCCAGGAACGGGCAAGAAGGCGUCCGCUGCGAAGAAAGCCGCCGCCGCCGCGACCAAGAAGGGCACCACCGUCGCUCGCGGCGGUCCCAAGGGCCGCAAGUCAGACGCGGCCAAGGCCGAGGAGGCUGACGAGGAGGAAGAGGAGCUUGGCGAGGAGGACGCCGACAUGAAGAGCGACGCCGAGAAGGACAAGGCUGGCGACGACGAGCAAGCCUCCGAUGAGGAUGGCGGUGAGUGAAGCGGAAGAUGAUGACGGGCACGGAAACCCAGAUCGAGGAUCUGGACCUCUUGUAGAGGACACCACAACGAGCAAUCGCGGUUUCUUCACGAUGGUCGGCCGCAAACUCGGACUUCAGUGAUCAUUGAGGGACGAAUUUGCGUGUGGGGGUCGGGCGAUAGCUGGUCAUUUCUUGGAACAGGCUCAACUAUCUGACUAGUAAUGAAUUCUUUGGCUGGUGUCCGGUUGUCGGUUGACGACGUCGAUUGACGACCUGCAAACGCGCAAGGCUUUGAUGUUGUUCUUUGCGAGUGUAAAUUGAUUUUGACGGAGUUUGUUGUUUUCCAUAAGGGCGGCUGUACGACAAACAGGGGAGGGGUAUCAGUUUCCAAUUAAUGCUCUGCCAUC